AUGCAAUAUUCGCUACGACCUGUUUCGCAAACGCUCCAAGAGCUCCGUACUUCCGCCACUGGUCUCGACGCUCGGCUCGCUGCCGAUCGCCUCAAGUCCGACGGUCCGAACCAGCUCUCCAACUUGAAUAAGCUCCCGUGGUGGCGCAUGCUGAUCGAUAACAUCUUCAACCCUUUCAACGCCAUCCUCACGGUGCUCGCUGUCAUUGCUAUUUCUACCCAGGAUUAUGCCACCUUCACCAUACUCAUGCUUAUGGUCGUUCUCAGCGUUACGCUCCGAUUCGUCCAGGAGCACAAAUCUGCUAAGGAUAUAUAUGCUCUCAAAGCUCUGGUCGAUAACUCAUGCCUCGUCCUAGGAAGGGCCAACGCUGAUGCCUCCCCCCACAAGAUCGACCGAGCCCAACUUGUCGUCGGCGACGUGGUCAGGAUCUCGACUGGCUCGGUCAUCCCAGCCGACUGCCUUGUAAUCUCAUCCGAGAUGCUUAGCGUUUCACAGAGCACCUUGACUGGGGAAAGUAUCACAUUGGAGAAAUACCCCCUCCCCACUGCGUCCUCGUGGGAGUCAAACGACAAGUCCAUUAACGCGAUCGACCGACCCAACGUCCUUUUUAUGGGAACACAUGUCGUCAGCGGGCAUGGUGAUGCUCUCGUGAUCGCCACGGGAGACAGAACCUAUAUUGGCACUGUCGCUUCGGUGUCCAACGAAGCAAAGACUCAGAAUGACUUCCAGCGCGGCAUCUCACAGGUCUCAAUGCUCUUGCUGGCUUUCAUGUUCGUCAUGGCCCCAACUGUUCUCAUCAUCGACGGUCUCGUCACGAAGGACUGGAAGAAUGCCGCCCUCUUCUGCUUGUCCGUCGCCGUGGGCUUAGUCCCGGAAAUGCUUCCCAUGGUCACCACUGCCAACCUGGCUCGUGGCGCUAUCCUCAUCGCUCGCAAGAAAGCCAUCAUCAAACAGCUCGACGCUGUCCAGAUCCUCGGAUCUAUUGAUAUUCUCUGCAGUGACAAGACCGGAACACUGACCGAAGAUCACGUCAGUGUUGCUUCCAGCGCAGACGCUGACGGACAACCUCUCAAUACCGCACUCGAACUCGCUUACGUCAAUGCCAAACUUCAGACGUCCGACUUUGUCAACAACAUCGACCGCGCCAUCCUGGCUCGUGUCGAGGAGGUCAGGAAGGAUGGCGACACCUUGCCUCCGUCUUCAGUCAUUCUCAACAACAAGAGCAAAGUUGCCGACAUCCCAUUCGACUUCUACCGCCGAGUUGUCUCUGUUCUCUUCUUCCAGCCCCAAGAGUCCGAGAAACUCACACUGGUGUGCAAAGGAGCUGCAGAGGAGGUGAUCCGUCGUUGCACACACGCUAGAGCUGGCAACGAAAUCUCUAUCAUCAAUUACAAAGUUUGCGCUGACCUCACCGCUGAGUUUGCGAAGAGAGGAGAGAGAGUCAUUGGAGUCGCAACACGUCGGGUGGACAGCGGCCAACUGGUCAACAAUGCAGCAACCCCCGACCUCGAGGUUGACAUGGUGCUCGAAGGCUUCAUCUCGAUCCUCGACCCUCCCAAGCCUGACGCCAAAACCGCGAUCGCCAACAUGCGGAAGCUCGGCGUGACCACCAAGGUUCUAACGGGCGAUGCUCUUCCGACCGCCCAGCGCGUCUGCGAGAUUCUGGACAUGAUCCCCGAGUCCGACGGCGUAAGCGACUUAUGCAUCACUGGCUCUGACCUUGCCCAGCUCGGCCCUGUGGAGUUCGCUGAUGCCGUCGAGAAUAAGUGUGUCUUUGCCAAACUCACCCCAAUCCAGAAGCUAGAGGUAGUCCGAUGCCUCCGUACGCAGGGUCACCAAGUUGCCUUCCUUGGUGAUGGCGUCAACGACGGCCCUGCCCUACGAGGCUCUAGCUGUGGGAUCUCGGUCAACACAGGCUGCGACAUUGCCAAGGACGCUGCCAACGUGAUCCUCACUGAAAAAGGGCUCGACGUCAUCCUCGACGCCAUCAUCGUGGGUAGGAUGAGCUUCAUUAACACGCUCAAGUACAUCAAAAUGGCCGCUUCCUCCAACUUUGGCAACGUCUUUUCAGUCACUGUAGCUGCCUCCUGGCUUCCUUUCCUGCCCAUGAGCCCAACGCAACUCCUCGUUCAGAACCUCCUCUACGACAUCUCGCAGGCUUCGAUCCCGUGGGACAAUGUCGACGAAGAAAUGAUCCUCGAACCCGUCACGUGGUCGACCAAAAGCAUGCUCAAGUUCAUGGUCUUCAUCGGCCCGCUGUCGAGCCCUUUCGACAUUUUCACCUUCAUCGUCAAUUGGUUCUACUUCGGAUACCAAAACGCCGACAACGCGAGCCAGGUGGCGAAAUUUCAAACUCACUGGUUCUUGGAGGGUUGCCUUACUCAGGUGGCCAUCGUCCACGUCCUCCGAACGGCAAAGCUGCCCUUCUUGCAGAGUCGCGCCAGCCUGAUGGUCUCCGUUACGACCUUUCUCAUCGCCAUGGCCGCCAUGGCGUUCCCCUACAUUCCAUUCCUCCGCAACGCCCUCGGGAUGGCUAUCCCAGAGCAUAUGUUCUAUGCCUUCCUCUUCCCUUACAUUUUUGCGUACAUCAUCAUCGUCCAGGUGGCAAAGAGUACCUUCAUCAAAUUCAACAAAGUCUGGCUUUAGGACCACUUGAGCUUAUCGUCUCCUGUGCUCCGAAAAAGUCUCAUCAACACACCUCCCUUUGCCUCGCUUCAAUCCGCCCCCACCCCUCCCCAUUUCUCCACCCCUUUAGAAUCCUCGUCCGUCUUCAACAGGCUCUUCUCAAAGGAAACGCUCGUGCUCAUGUAGAGUUUAAGAAAAAUAGAAUUUUCCAUGUUUUCAC